AUGGGAAAUCAUCUACAUAAACAAUAUAAAAUUUACCAAAUAUUAACUGAUGACACAUUAGCACAUUGUCAUGCCGUUACCAAAUUUAGUGAUGAUGAGAUUCGUGCUGAACAUGAAAAAUUUUUUCGUAUUACGGGAAACGGCUGCUUAAAAAAAUCUCAUAUGGAAGAAUUACUAGGUGAUUAUGUUCCACUAGGAAAACAUAAAAAUAUAAAGUAUUUAACUAAAUGUAUUUUUUCUACGAUCGAUACAAAUAAUGAUGGCUACAUUGAUUUUCUUGAAUAUUUAAUAAGUAUAAAAUUUUUCAAAACCAAAUCACCGAUUGAAAAGGCUAAUUUUAUGUUUCGCAUUCUGGAUAAAAAUGGUGAUAAACAUGUUACACUUAAAGAAAUCGAACCUCUACUCAAAUGUUUAGAAGAGUAUCAUAAGUCAUCAUCGAAUACUCAUGUUACCAAUAUGAUGAAUGAUGGUGCAAAAUCAGCAGCAUGUGCUGUUCUUGCAAAAUUAGAUGAAAAUAACUCAGGAGAUAUUGGCGUUUCGGAAUUUGUUGACGGAUGGCUUAAAGAUGAAACUAUACGAGCAUUAUUUACAUUCCAAUGA